AUGGGGGCAUAUCAAGGAGACGAUGACUACGACUAUUUGUUCAAGGUCGUUUUAAUCGGGGAUUCAGGUGUCGGUAAAACCAACCUUUUGUCUCGAUUUUCCAAGAACGAAUUCAGCCUCGAAUCCAAAUCCACCAUCGGGGUUGAAUUUGCUACGCGUAGCAUCAAAGUCGAUGACAAGAUCAUCAAGGCCCAGAUCUGGGAUACUGCUGGUCAAGAAAGGUACCGUGCCAUAACAAGUGCAUACUACCGAGGAGCGGUAGGUGCACUGAUCGUAUACGACAUCACGCGUAACGUAACAUUCGACAAUGUCGAAAGAUGGCUGAAAGAGCUUCGAGACCACACGGAUCAAAACAUCGUGAUCAUGCUUGUGGGGAACAAAGCCGAUCUACGUCACUUACGAGCCGUUCAAACGGAGGAUGCAAAGGCAUUUGCGGAGAAAGAGAACAACUUCUUCAUGGAAACAUCGGCUCUCGAAUCCUUAAACGUCGAAAACGCUUUCACGGAAGUAUUGACUCAGAUUUAUCAUGUGGUGAGCAAGAAGGCACUCGAUAUCGGGAACGAUCCAAUGGUCGUACCCAAGGGACAAACGAUUAACGUUGGAGGUAAAGAUGAUGUAUCUGCUGUUAAGAAAGCGGGAUGUUGCUCUAACUAA